AUGCUACUUAAAGAUGUCAUCCUUUACUGCAGGCCUACAACCUUUCCUCAAUGGAGUCACAGAAAUUGGGGGCUCGUCCGGGAUGAUGUUGCUUCGCGUAGACAUAGGCGUGAGGUCUCGUCCAUUAGGCCCACCUUUAAACACUGCACGCCUGCUCUCGUUCACGACGGUAUUUCCUGCGUGCCAUGGCGCAUAGCCAACGCGUACCUACAUUCAUUGGCGUUCACCGUGGCCCCAAACACGGCUUCCACUAUCACCGUGCCCUUGAAGAGUUUGAAAGGUACCCGACAAGGCUGGCUCACUACGGGUGACAAAUGGCCUGGGUAUUGGUGGUAUUUGACUGUCAAUCCAGACAUUUCGGACUGGAGCGCCUUCAUCACCUCGCAGGUACCAGGUUACUGGCCUCCUGGCUCCAGUGAAGAAGCUGUGUUUUUUGCUAAACGUAUCACUUUGAAGAACCAAGGCUCAAGCCUUCUUUUGACCGUUACACUCCCUGAUGACACGGUUCGGCCCCCUCACGCUACCCUGCUCAAUACUUCCUGUUGGGGUUUUCAGUUGUGGGCUUGGUCCUCUGGGAAGGAUCCUCAGUUUCCUAUUGUCCUUUGCGUUAACAAAACUAUGCGGGGCGCUGACAGUCCCGUGUUGAGCGACUUUUCCAAAACAUCUGGGGCAGUGAUUACGAGCGUGGCCCUCACCGAUGUAGACAGUCACUUUGUGGCCUCCACAGGUAUGAGUGGCCAGACUAACAAUUGGCUCCUCAUGGCCGAGCAAGCUGCUAAUGUGACUAACACCAGUUGCGUUGUGUGUAUGGGCCCACGGCCCCUCUUGAGAAUCAUUCCCGCGAGUGUGGCUCCUGAGUGUGCGAUUUUUGUGAUGUCUACCCCUUCCAUUCCGUCUGCUCAUCCUUGCUCCAGUUGGGACAAGGUCUAUCCCGUUUCCUCCUUGGCAAAGUCCAAACCCCUUUUUUCCACUGAUGUUGCUAAAGGUAAUUUCACGUGCAUCAAGUUGCCCGGUACCGGCGCCAGCCUAGGCGUUUUGUCAGCUCCUUUGUGCACUUCCCUGUUCUAUGGCGCUGCCUUUUUCUCACCCAUCGCUCGUAGUGAUAUUUGGUUUUGGUGCAACACUGACAAACUUUAUGAUAGUCUCCCUUUUAAUAGCUCUGGUACUUGCGCUUUGGUGACCCUUUUGCUUCCCGUUUUAUUAAUGCCCGCAUCUACUCAUGAGCUAGACGUUUUUAUUGAUUCUUUUGUGCCCCGACCCUGGUCGAGGGCUAAGCGGAGUGCCGAGUGGCAAGGCGCGGCGGAUCCGACCUAUAUAGAUGCCAUUGGAGUUCCCAGAGGAGUGCCGGAUGAGUAUAAGCUGGUGAACCAGAUAGCAGCUGGUUUCGAAUCCUCCAUUUGUUGGUGGUGCACCCUUAACAAAAAUGUUGACAGGAUCAAUUACAUCCACUACAACGUGCAGAGGCUUGGAAAUUGGACCGAGGCGGGCUUCAGAGCGGUCCACUCCCAGCUGGCCGCGACUUCCCUCAUGGCUUUCCAGAACCGGAUGGCCCUUGACAUGCUACUCGCUAAGGAGGGCGGUGUCUGCGCCAUGUUCGGACGACUUUGAGCUCCCACGGCCCCCGAGUUGUCAUCUUCGCAUUGACUCCAUUGAUGAGGCCCCCGCUGUGGACCUGUCCGACCUUUUUCCUGAGUCCGACGUUGUCUGAUUGGCUUCGGUCGCCUCCCGGGUGUAAAUUUGUUCUUAUGACGUAUGAUCCUGCGGCUGAAAAUCUUUUGAAGUAGCCUUUGGGUGAUUUGAGGGUCUCUGAGAACUUAUGAUAAACAGGGGGGAAUUGUUGGAAAAUUGUAUAUAUAUGUUAUCAUGCGUUCUCUUUUAGUUUCUAUAUUACUAUAUUACAGUAAAUGAUGUCUCGUUAGAUCUACCGUUAGAUUAGAUCUGCGUACGUGCGUUCGUUGUUCUGCUUUGCUGUUCUUAUGUCCACCACAGAAUACCACAUCAGCCAAGGUGUGAGGUCUUGUCUCGGUCAGCGAGAGACAGCAGCAACGACAUUGUGUCAGCCUUCCUCAAGUGGCUGACUCGGCACCUCACACCCUCAAGAAAUGGAGCGCUGGGAGCGCCCCUGGUCCUUGCUGAUAAGACUGCUUGAACCCAUUGAACUUGAUGAACUCUGUUUGCUCUUUCCUAUGUCGCCACAUUAGCAUAACGUUUGCAGUAAUCUACACACACCAGAAGUUUCCUGCGCUUACCAAAAGCAGAAACCGUUUGCGCUUCCCCCUACCCUUAUUUGGUUUCUGCUACACAUGUGAUGAGGAAAAUUCCCCAAAUAAAGAGAGCAAGGAUGCAGACAGACUUUAGUGUAGGUUGGGCAUUGUAAGCUGUCUGUACUGCACUCCUUGCGCAAGCUACGACUCAA